UGCGCACUGACUGUGGGAAGUUUUGCCCCCUCCCACUUGUUGCUAAAUAGGAGCUCUCUGGGGAAAACUCAAGUUUUUAUCUUUGACUGCUGUCGCUAUGCGAGGAAAUCGGCUUCCUUCCUUCUUUUUCCUUAUCCUUGUCAUUUUCAGAGGGGCGUCUGGAUUAAAGAUCCGGAACAAGCUUCUGGGUAAAUGCCUGCAGGUGCCAGAAGGAAAAAAAGAAGGUCAAGUAACACUGGGAGAGUGCAACACAUAUUCAACUGUACAAGAAUGGCACUGGCUACCAGGGGGCAAAGCUCUCCUCAACCAACACACCAGAGAAUGUCUGACCGCACCGAGGGAGGAGUAUGAAGGUGUUGUUCUGCAGUCCUGCAUUUUCAAAGAUGGAGCUUUGGCAGACGAUGUAGAAAGAGAGGCGAGUGGUCAGGCAUGGACCUGCUCAAAGAAAGGCCAUAUUACUCUGAUAGAGAAUAGGCUUCACUUAAGUGCAACAAAAGAUUCCUCUUUAGUUUUUCUGUCGAGGGAACAUAAGCAGGGCAGCAAGUGGCGCGCUCUUGAUAACCAGACGCUGUGUAACAGGAGAGACCAUAAAGAAAACCAAUCUCAUCAUUUGAAGGAAGAAAAAACUGAGAUUUCUCAAACCCUGUCAUCUGAAAGACCCAUGCAUGAGAAACCAUUUCCAGGUAUAAUGGGCUUUAACGGGACAGAAGCUUAUUCUGUAAAGAAUGGGAUAAUCCCUUAUCCCUUUGGCACCAAAUCUCCAGCAGAUCCCACCAUGGUUUUUUACACUAUGGAUUAUGGAAUGGGAUGGAAGAUAACCAUGCUGGUGUUGAGCUCUUUGGCUCUUGUCCUAGGAACUGCAAUUUUCAUCCUCAGUGUGUAUUCCAACAGGAGGAAGAAAGUGGUUUGUGUCUUGAAAUCAUACACUCCAAGGUCAGAGACGAGUGUUCCAGGAUCGCCUAUAAUCAGUGAAAGAGCCACCCUGACAGAACAUGCCAUGCACUUUCCACACUCUUCGCCCGCCUUACAUCGAGGAGAGAUCUUGAUUGAGUGGAAGGACGGCACGGUCACUCCGCUGUAUGAGGCCUGAGAGCUUUCACUGCUGAUUCACACCUGCUAUGAAUGUGGUCAUUUUUGUUAGAGUGAACUUGUGCAGGAGUAUGUUUAUCCUUUGAUACUGUUCUUCAUAUGACACUAACAGGCACAACAGUCAAAUCUAUGUUAGCAAACUGUUAACAGUGUUCAGUAGAUUGUAGAUAUGUAUUGAAAACAUUACGUCUUUAAAGCCUGCU